GACGCCUCCGCUAUUUUAGGCAAUCUAGAAAACAGAGGAUCUGACGAACAAAGUGAAAUGAUCGUCGAACAUACAGAUGAUCAUUAUUCUGAAGAAGAACAAGCUGCUUUUGCUUUGCUUACGUGUAAAUCAGGGAGAUCUCGCAGUAAUUCCACCAAUCAGCAUUCGGAUUCUGACGAAACAUACAUAUGUAUACUCAUAAGAGACUCCGUUUCGAUGACAACGAUUUUACUGUCAGAAAUGACAAAUCAACUAUGCCUCCACCUGACAUAAGUUCAGGUCAUCCCAGACCAGAUGGUAGUUCAAAACCAAAGGCAAACGACAAAGAUUCCACAUUCACUGGCCCUCGGUAUGAAAAUACGUUUAGCAAACAAAAAUGCCCUGUCUUCAUUUAACGAGACCAAAGCGUAACUAACGCCGACAAGAAUAUCAACAGUGUCAUUAUCGGCAAAUUACUACAUACUCUCCACCCCGGUAAAGUAGAAGAAAUUCAUCCUAGUGGUCGAGGAAAGGUAAAGGUUGUAUUGAAUUCGGGUAAUGCCGCCAACAAGUUGAUUACGGAUAAUAUCCUCAAAUCCAAAGGCCUCAUAGCCUUUAUCCCCAACAGUUUCGUAACCUGUCAAGGCAUAAUAAGCAACUUCUCAAAAAUGCCUGUAGAAGAAAUCCUCCAAAACAUUGAAAAAAUGAAUCCCCACGGUAAAAACAUCAAAGUCAUCAAUGCAAUCCGCUUUAAUCGAAAAACAACAAAUGAUAAAGGUGAUGUCACAUAUGUUCCUACCAAUACAGUGCUUUUAACUUUUCAAGGCACAACUCUUUCCAAUCGUGUAACCAUUUACAAAAGCAUCGCUAAUGUACGCCCGUACAUACCAGAUCCCAGAAUGUGCCUUAAGUGUUACCGUUUCAGACACAUUGCCAAGCAAUGUCGUUCCAAUCCCCGUUGCUCAAAAUGUGGUGACCGUUCUCCUCAUGACGACUCCAACAAAUGUCCUAUUGACUCCAGUGCUCCUGUAUGCGUAAAUUGUGGCGGUUCACACUACCCUUCAUCGAAAACAUGCCCAGAAUUUGUGUUCCAAAAAGAAAUUCGAUUGGCUGCAACGACACAUAAAAUGUCGUUUAAUGAAGCGAAAGCCUUCCUAAAACCUAAAAAAGGUCCUGACACCCAUAACUUUUCAAACUUUCCAGAUCUCUCUGACGUUCCUGCUCCUUCAUCAUCGGUUUUGCUAGGAAACAGCAACAAUGCGAAACAAAGUUCUUACUCUUCAAAACUUUCUACACCCAAAACGUCAACAAACGUCAGUUCUCACACUUCGUAUAGAACUUUCCGCCCACAAUCAUCUUCACAAUCCCAUUUCUGUGCUUCCCAAUAAUGGAAUAAUGGUAGGUGUGAUAGCAGCCUUCGAAAUGUCUUUGCCCUUUCUUUUCCCCCUUCAAUCGAUCAUUCAUCAACAGAUGCCCCACAAGAAAUAUCUAUUUCUACAAUUCUCUCAAUGUUAUCUCACCUAAUAAUUUGCCAUUCA